AUGAUUAGAAACAUUAUAAUAAACAAGCAAGACAGCGCCAAAUACGAGGCAGAUGACAUCCCAGGAAGAGUUCUUAAGUGGAUAGACCAAAAUAAAAGACACGUAGACGAAGAGAGGUCAGAUAUAAUAGAAGGCCAGGUCGUUGUCGUUCUUAAAGGACAGUACACUUCCCUCAGAGGAGUCGUUAUAAAGAAGCUUCCAAAGAAUCUUGUGCUCAUUAGCGGGCCAUCCAAGAUUAACGGAAUGACAUUUGCAGUGCUUAACCAAAGAUUUGUGCACGCAGUGUCUGUCUUUGUGCCCCUGCAGAAGACAUUCAUUGACUCUAUCUCUGUACAGGACGAGGAAAUACUUGCCAUCAGAGACUGGACCACAGAAAAUGCAGUAGAUCUGGAUAUUAUGCAUCUUAUUGGAACUGACAACAAGCAGCAGACCAUUGAUGCAACAAUUGAAAAGGAAUGCGCUGGUAUUAAAGGUCUUAAGACAUACUUCGCAACUCCAUUCACUCUCCCAAAGAAUGUCGACCCAUUAAGUGCCUUCUACUAA